GUUACAUGGGGCGGUUAGAUACACAUGAAAGUCAUUCUACCGGCAAAAACCAGAGGCGAGACAAAAUUGACAAAAGCUCCGUAUUUAUCCUCCUGUUGUUAGUUUGUUACAGUAGAACGUUAUAGUGCGAUGUUAGGCUUGAUUCUGAAUGUGUAUCGCUAUCAUACCUCAGCCAUUAGUCAGUAAAGCUAAAGGGCUAGCUAUAGUAGUAACCGUAACGUUACAGUAGCUAACGUUAGCUAGUUUACAUUAGCUAAUUUACUUGUAGUUACAUCAGAAUAGGGCUUGGCAAUCUUACCCCAGCAUUGUCAUCAUGAUACGAACAGGAGGAGUGCAGCAGAUGGCCAGGGGACUAUGCCAAAUAAUGGGACGUGAAAUCUCAAAGGGAAAUUUCAACACCAACAUCAGACAAAUGACUCCAAGAGGGACUCUCCAGCUUCCCUGGUCCUCUAUCAACAGUGUCCGAACCAUGGCGGUGCUGCCCUGGCCUUUCUCUUUCCAGCCACGGGACUUCAGCCUGCCCAACUCCUCCUGGGGCUCCGACAUGAGGCGUUUGUAUGAGCACUAUAACAGCCAGUGUGAGGUCGAGACAGAUGACGGAGAGAAGAAGUGGGGAGUCUGGAGAAGACUGCCCAGCUAUAACCGCUCCCUCAAGUACGCCACAGGUGGGGUGUAUUUGAGUAAGAUCAUUCAGUCGAAGGCACGUCUGUUCACGCGGAACAUCAGGGAGCAGGGAGCAGGGUUCGAGUACGUUGUGUUUGUCAACAAGCAGGAGCAGAAGUGUGUGUGUGUGUUCCAGGCUGGCCACCUACUGGAGGGACCCCCGGGGCAUGUCCAUGGGGGGGCAAUAGCUACCAUGAUUGACACUGUAACGGGGACCCACGCCACCUACCUCUCUGGGCCUGUCAUGACUGCCAACCUCAACAUCAACUACCGCAGCCCCAUCUCAUUGGGUAGUACAGUGCUGCUCACCUGCUCAUUGGAUAAGAAGGAGGGACGGAAAACCUUUGUUUCCUGUCAAGUGACCAACACGGACAGCUCCAAACUACACACAGAGGCCACAGGGCUGUUUCUGUCAAUCACAAUGGGACACCUAUUAGGAGGAUGAUGGAUAGGCCAGCUCAUCGACCAACCAGACGCUACAAACACACAACAUCAGAAACAGCACUGACUUCCAAGGGGGUGUGUUUGUCUGCACACAAAUAUUUGGGUGUAUAUCAGUACCUGAGUGUGGGAGUGUGUAUGCUUGAGUGUGUGUGUGGUUCUGACUGUCAGAUCCAGUAAUCUUCUUAACUCUAGCAGUUUGCCUGAGACACCUGAUGCCUUGUGCUCCACUGACAUAGUAUACAGAUACUGUAUAUGGAUAUUGUACCGCUCUUUCUCCACUGUUACACACUCCUGGACAACCAGCUCCAGUCAGAGUGAAGCUCAUAACCUCUGGUAUAUUAUAUUCAGGUUGAGGCUGUGAAUACAACUUUUCUGAACCCUUCUUCCCGACAGCUAAAGGUCCCGACACUUCUGCAUGUGCAGAAUUCUCUACUUUACGCACCUCCCUUCACAUUUCUCAGUCAAUUGUGACUGAUAAUCUUCAUGUUUUACCGGUGAAACGUCCAUGCAGCAUCUGCAUACCUGUGUCUAGUUUCAGUCAUAGGACAUAUUUUGCCUAGUGGCACGUGCUGUUGAGUUUUGGCCACAUGAGAGAAAAAUGCGCCUAUUUGCACAAUCAUCCUAAAAUCUCAUAAGAAAUGAGGUGGUGUUUUUGUAUUACAGUAAUUUUAUACUACGCUAUUAUAUUGGGUUCUGUUACGUAGAAUAACAUCAUUAUGUGAUCUGGCAGACAUUGAUUCAGAUUUGAUCUAACUUUAUUAAACGAGCACCAUUCACCUGAGCGUGUUCUCUAGUAGAACAGAGACUGUGUGUAAAGAAGCUUCGGGACCUUUUAGCCGUCGGAAUGAGGGGUCUAGAAAAGUUGGAUCCACAGCCACUCCGAUAUAUUUCAUGGAUAGUUUAUUUUUUAUUUAUACAAUUCUGAAUAAUUUAUUAGGUCUUUUACAGUUUGAGGUUUGAAUCAUUGCUGAUACGUUAUUGUGUGACCAUUAUGACCUCUUGAAUAAAGCUUUACCUCUUGGUAGACUGUU